AUGAUAGUGGAAACGCGGUCGAAGUUCUGGAAGUGAAAAGAAGUCUACUUUCCAUGUUCUUCCACUUCUUUUUCCCCUUUCAAAAAUUCUACCAGUUUCUAGAAUUUUCCUUUUUACAGGUGCCUGCUCUUUCCAGUUUCCAACUUACAAAAAUUAAAAGUACUUAAGUUAAAUUCAUAUUUUUGAAAAUGUAAUUACUACUCGUAGUCAGUGUAGGAUUUGGAAACCUCAACCGCCUAACCCUUUACCAAUACGAAUUUACAAAAUCCCCCUCCAAUUUCCUGGAAAUAACAUAUUCCCCCCACAAAUAUUCUCAAACCAAACUUCACAAUCCACAUCGCAAAAUCCAAUUCGCGGAGUUGACUCGUCCGCCAUGUCCGACCACCGUCGAACUCAGAAGGACGAUCCGUUCCUUCUCAAUUACAGCUCCGAUGAGCUCAGAAUUGCGUCGGAGUUUCUGUCCAAUUGGCUCCCUUUUCUCUCCCGUGACCUUUGCCGCUCCUGCACCCGUACCCUCUCCGAUCGCAUCCGAUCCCUCAAUUAUAACGUUAGUGGCAAUGCAGAACGCUUGAAGCAACCAAAGAAUACGAGUGUCUUGACUCCGGAACGUUGUGAUUCGGAUGGCUGCAAUGGGAGUCAAGAGAAUUGUGACAACAAUUCACUUGGAAGUUGGAAUGAUUGUGGUGACUUGAAUGAUAAUACAGAUACAAAUUCAUUGGGGAGUUGGAAAGAUGGGUUUGGUGGGGAGCCCUUUGAGGAGCUUUAUGUGGACAGACAUUCAUCUGACAGCUGUGUAGAUGGUGCAGAUUCCCUAUCUCAAUCUGCUGGAGAGGCAUCUACAAGUGAAGCAUUUAGCUCAUCCUUACCUGUGACUACCCCCAAAAUGAAGAUGUCAUGGGCAGAUAUGGCUCAGGAGGAUGAACUUCAAGCUGAGGAAGUGAGUGAGUCAAUUGUCUUGAGUGGUCAGGUUAAUGGUGUGUCUGAAGAGGAAAUUACUAAUCCGGAGAGUAAGCAAAAAACAGAAUUGUCAAGGGAGCAACGAGAGUAUAUUAGAUUCUGUAAUGUGAAGAGGAAGAAGGAUUUCAUAUGUUUGGAGAGGGUAAACGGGAAAAUCGUCAAUAUACUUGAUGGAUUGGAGCUACAUAAGGGUGUCUUUAGUGCCGCCGAGCAAAAUAGAAUUGUUAAAUAUGUGGAGAAACUUGACCAGAUGGGGAAGAAUGGGGAACUGAAAGAGAGGACUUAUACUGCACCCGCAAAGUGGAUGAGAGGCAAAGGACGUGUGACAAUCCAAUUUGGCUGUUGUUACAACUAUGCACCAGAUAAGAGUGGCAAUCCCCCAGGGAUCCUCAAAAGUGGAGCUGUUGAUCCAUUGCCUGAUCUCUUGAAGGUCAUGAUAAGAAGACUUGUAAAGUGGCAUGUGAUGCCUUCGAGUUGUGUUCCAGACAGCUGUAUUGUCAACAUUUAUGAAGGGGGCGAUUGCAUACCACCACAUAUUGACAAUCAUGAUUUUGUGCGCCCAUUUUGUACUGUUUCAUUCCUUAGCGAGUGCAACAUUGUGUUUGGAUCCAAUUUGAAAAUAGUGGGUCCCGGUGAAUUUGCUGGUGCAAUUGCAAUACCAUUGCCAGUGGGAUCUGUACUUGUCUUGAAUGGAAAUGGAGCUGAUGUAGCUAAACACUGUGUUCCAGCUGUGCCUACUAAGAGGGUUUCAAUCACAUUUAGAAGAAUGGACGAAUCUAAAAGGCCAACUGGAUAUGUUCCUAUGCCUGAUUUACAAGGAUUGCAGCCCUUGUCAUAUGAAGCGGACACACAAAAGAAAUCCAGCUCCUCUAGGCCAGUGUUUUCCGCUAGAAAACAGCCGGUGAGACAAGAAGAGAGCAUGGAAAGAGUAAAUAUGCCAAUGAGAAGGCAUUCGGAGCCCCGUUAUACAGGUCGAUAUCGACGAGGAGCUGCAAACAGGCAGUAAUAUGGGGUGAAUAUGGAAAAUUGAAAGCACAUUCUUCUCUAGUUGGUGAAGCAUUGAAAUAGUGAGGGAUUGCUUGUUUGAUAAUUAUUGAUGGAUGUCUUCUAAAAUAGAAGCUUAAUCCUGCUCUUUGAUGGAAACCAAUUAUUGAAUGUGAACGGCGAACAUUCAAGCUAUCAGCAGGGAAGAGUAAUGGUGUGAUCUAGAGAUGGGCAGGUAUGAGAUGGUAGCUCCGAUGUAAUGUACGCGGUCUUCCAAUUUGCGGUUGUAAUGGCAUGAGGCAGCUAUGCAAAUAAUUACUCGGCAACUUGGAUGCACCCUGCUGAUUUGGACUCGCUCAGUUUCAAUAAUACACCUUAUGAGGAAUGCCCAUCCUUGUUACCUGAUUGUGUAGUUUGAAGCUUACGUUAUAUACAAUUCACGCCAUUCAUUACAUUUAUUUGCGCGUAAGCUUUGGUGAGGGCUAAGUGAUCUUGUCUGAGUCUCUUGUUUUUUCUACUUGUUGGCUCAAGGAUUUCCAUGGAAUAUUUAUGGCCUUGCUGAUUUUUUUCAGCAGUGACCGUGGAAUUUAAAGAUGGAAUUAAGCUCAGAACAAUUAUUUCUU